AAGAUUGAAUACAACUCAAAAAUCUUAAGUUUUUUUAAGAUAAUUAAGAUUCUAUCCAAUUCACUAAUAGAUUAAAUAAGAGCUAUGAGCAAAGAAUUAGUAAAUUAGCAUCCCUCUAGUACAUAAGGGCAAAACCAAAUUAAAGCUUCAUUAAGUAAUAACUUUUUGAAAUAGAGAGCUUAAGCAAGCGGAUAAAAAGACUUUAACCUAGAUAUGAUGAAGUUGAUGUAAUAUGAUAAGUAGUAAUCUUAUUUAAAUAAGCUGGAAUCCUUAGCAACAAUCCAUUCUUAAGAUAAGCAUUAAGGAAGUAAGAAAAAUACUUAGACAAUUGCACAAAGUUAACAGAGUUAAGUAAAUGAAACUUAAAGCAAUAUAGACAGAAAUCUCUAUCUAAAAGCCUAGCAAAAAAUUUUUUCAUAAAAUCUCCGUAUCCCUUCUAAAAUAAUUAGUUUUAAUGAUGCUAAAGAGUCUAAUACAAAUUAGUAAGAUAAUUCAAAGGAAUAACCUUCUGAGAAUUAAAAGAAUAUAAAGAUAAUAAAUAUAGAAAGUAUGAAUUCAGAGAUUGAAACGUAAAAGCUAAAUGCAAAUACAGAUUCUCAUAUUAAAUCAGUUGACUCCCCUUUUAACAAAACUAAACAAAAUCAAGUUCAAAUAAGAAAUGCUAAUAACCAAAAGUACUUCCCUCAAUCUCUUGUUAAUUCUAAAUUUAGAGAUAGCCAGUUUUAGUGCGAAAUAAAGGAUUAAACUUCGAAAAUUCAAAUAUUUAAGGAAGAAAAGUUAGAAGAUAAAUCCAAUCAAAAGUUAGAUCCACUUAGUAGAGUGAGACUGCUGAAGAACUUGAGCCCUUAAAGUUCUGCACCUUAGACAUUUAGCUUGUCAUAAUCUUCUUUGAUUGAAAAAAAUAAUUAGUAAAACGGAAAAAAAAUGUAAAUGAAAGACUUAAAAUUUGAGAGUAUUUUCAUCGAUAACACAGGAUCUCAUCUCUCAAACUCAAAUUAAAACCUCAUAGUAUAGUCUAAGCAACAAUUAAAUGCUGGAUAAAAGAAUUUUUUAAAUUCUUAAAGGAAUUUUUUGAGUGUAAUUUAAAACGAUACAAAUAAAUCUUCUAGAUCACAAUCUUAAAGUUAAUAAAAUAACUUAAACAAAAGAAGAUACUCUGCAAAUGUGAAUUAAUAAAUCUAAACUCCUUAAUACAAUCAAGAAGAAAAGAAAUGUUUUACAUCUUUUCUAACAGACUAUUUGUUAAAUAUAAAGGAUGUUUCAUCACCAAGCAACGGUUUACUAUCACCAAUAGAUAAGAUAGCUAACUAAAAUCCUAGCUUAAUAAAGAGAGCUUAAAUUAUGAGUAAUUAUAAUAAAUAAAAUGCUGAUAGCUAGCUAUUUUUUUCUUCAAAAAAUAAUAAUAAAGUUCCCUAUAGCACUUUUUCACAAACUUAACCAAUCCUACCUACUUAAUUAUAAGACAAUAAGCAACCUGGAUAAAUUUCUAUUUAAGCUUUGAUUCCCUCAGUACCAUCUAAACUAAUUUAGCCUCAAAUCUCACUUAACACUAACAUCAAUAACAACAAUAAUAAUAGUUAAAAUAAAAAUAUAAGUUAAAGCUAAAGUGAGUACUAAAUUUUUAGCAUUUAAGAUUUUGACUCUAGUAAAUCUAAAUCUAACAUUUUUUAUCACUAAAAAAACCUCCCUUCUUCACUACAAGAACUACAAAUGAUUAAAAGCGAAGAGGAUUUAAAAACUUAAGAAUUAAAUGCUAAUGUUAAUUUCAAGAACUCAAAUAAAAUAGCAAUAAAUGUUCAAUCUCCUAAACAAAUUUAAGAUGCAAUAAAUAAUUUCUAAUUAUCUAACAAAAUAAAGGCAUAAAGCUUUGGACACAACCACACUUUUUUGAAUCACAUUUCAAAUUUAGAUGAAUAUUAACAAAAAAAUCUUAAAAUUAUAAAAAAUGGCAUUAGUAAUGUGUUUUAAAAGAAUAGGGAUUAUGAAGAUUCUCCUUAACUUAAGUUAGAUAACAAAGAAAUCUAAUUUUCAAAAUCUGAUAAAAUAGUUUAAAAAAAUUAUGACUCAAAAUAAUUUGCUCCUAUUGGAUAGGUUAUAAGUGAUUAGAAGUUAAGUGCUAAAGAUUAAGGAUUUUACAGCCUAUCAACAAGAAGAACACAUUAAUAACCAUAAGCUUAAAAUUCUCCCAGCUCUCAAUAUCUAUUAACAAAUAGAUAAUCUUUCUCUUAAUCACAAAUUCAGCCUAAAAAGAAAUUUUUAUCUUUUUAAUCAUAAAGGGAAUUGCCUACAUCAGAUACAUCAUACAACCAUAUAGACAUAGCCCCUUUUUCUAAUUAAAACAAAGAAAAUACUCAUCUUUAAAAUUUAAUGUAUAAAGUAGAAUAAGCACCUUAAAUAUCUUAAAAUGUUCAACCAAAAUAUAGAUUAUUAAAAUAGAAUAUUUCAUUAGAGUAAUCUUUUGAUAAUGAAGAUGAAGAUUUUUAUAAUUACACUUAAAAUAUUAAAAUACAAAUUUAAAACUCUCCUUAAAAUAUAAAUUUAAACAUAGACUUUUUAUGA